CGCUUGUGCCGGGAUUCACUUCCGUUUUAUUACAAGCCUCGCUUUCGUAUGUGAAUAUGGCGGCUUCGAGGGUGUUCAGAAGGUGGUGCUCCUCGGCUCCCCAAGCCAAGGUGACCAGGUGGGAGAGGUUGCGAAACAGUCGCGUCGGAGUGUGGUGCAGCAGCCUGCUGAGUGAUUACAGGGAGGCCUGCCGUGAGGUGAUCGUGGGGGCCUACCAGCAGCCAUUUAAGGCCUCCAUCUACCUUGGCCUCCUGGGCGGGGCUUGGGCCUGUUAUCACACCAACCCGGAUGACGCCUCCUUUGAGACCAGCUUGCUGGAGACGGCCAAUAAGCUGGGGCUGCUGUCACCGUGGAUACGUAAUGGCUCCUCCGACGGGCACAUGCAGGACCUGCUGCGGCUGCGCAAUCAGGGCCGGUUACGGUAUCUCAGCCUGGGGGUGGCCUCACUGGCCUACCGCGUGGAUUACGACCCUGCGGCCAGCCUGUACGAGGCCCACUCCUCUGCGCUGUUUGUGCCCUGGGCCGAGCUCCCAGGCCGCGUGCUGGAUGUGGGCUUCGCGGGCCGCUGGUGGGUGCUGGACACCCGCAUGAAGGACUACGACGUCAACGAGGAGGAGUUCAGGCACAUGGCUCCUGCCCUGGCCACCACCCAGCCUCCCAACGCCCAGGAGACAGAGAGGAACCAGCGGCUGCACCAGGAGUCGUGGAGGGCUCUGGAGAUGAGUGCGGAGGACGUAGAACAGGCGGAGCGUGAAAAGGAGGAGAGAAAGGCAGCAGGGCAGCCGCAGCUCUGAAGGCCACAUGGGAAGGUGGCUUUGGUCGUGUAGCUCGAGGACUGCUCCAGUGAAUGUUCAGAUCUCUCAGACCUGGGUACCGAACUUUGGCGUAGGGCUUCCUGCUAUGGCCGUGAUGAGAGUGUUAGGGAACGCAUCCCCUGAGUCUUCGCUGAGCUCCGCCUGCAUCUUUAUCACUGUCUUCAAUGAGCCCAGUACUUAAUGACUGUUGUAUAAGUCAGUGUUUUCCAACCCGGAUGGUUCAUGUUUUUGCUCCCUUCUGGGGAUUCUGGGGGUCCCUGCAGACCAGUUUGAGAAACACUGGCCGAUAAGUCAAGUGCUGUGCAUCUAGAUCUAAUAUAAAGUGAGAUAAUUGCAAAUGGUUGUAAUUAAAAGGUUGAAUAAUGUAUUUGCCUUCCAUGACAUUUUGUCUGUUGGUCUCUUGCUGAAUUGAACAACUAUGGGUCAUCUAGUGAUCUGAAUAACGGCUGUCUGGGUUUGCGGCCAGCGGGAUGCACACAGCAGAGGGCGGUAAGGAGCAGACAUGCACGAAUACUGAUGAGGAAAGAGGAGCGUGCUCUGUUGUGAGGGGACACCUGCAGCAUGGGAGUGUCCUCUAAUUUCAGCCCCAGCUGCGGGGGUUUCUGGGAGUAAAGGCAGAGCUGCAGCUGGUGUCUGCGCUGGCCCUGUAAGCCUCAUAUUCCAGGCAGGUGCGCUGGUCUCACAGUUUAACGUCUGGGAUCUUUUUUUUGUUAUUGUCGUGUUUACUGCGUCCUGCUGACCAUCAUGCUUAGAAAAUGCAGAAUGAUGUGCAGCAGGUGACUAUAGACAGAAAAUGGAAAAUACCAUUGUAGGAAAACAUUGAGCGUUUACACAUACAGCAGGUCUACUGGGAAAAGUAACAAGAAAAAAUAUAUCAUCUUGCCACAGUCACAGUGCUUCUCAGUGGCUUCUGUGACAUUCGGUCUCUUCAUUGCUCUCUCAAGUCUUCAGAUUGGGGGGGGGGGAUUCCCAAGGCGAUUCAAAUCACGGUCCGAGCACUGCUGCUUUUCCAGCCUUCCUUCACCUGUGAGCCAGGUGUGAAGCCUCUGUGCCCAAUCAGAAUCCGUAAUUAUUAAACUAACUACCUGGGAGAACUGAAAACACGGCCUGGAUUUGAUGCUGUGCACAGUAGGGAGUAACUUAAUGCAUGACGUUACCUUAGAAGGGAAACUGAACUGUCUGUAGUGGGGUCACAGUUGAACCAGUGAUGUAAUAAUUGCACUUUACACACCGAGCAACGGGAAUAUCGAGUGUCCCAUGUUAACUGAAGGUCUGUUUGGAGUGUCUUUCACAAAGCAUUAAGUGCUGUGUAGUGAUUACACUGGAAGAUUAUUCAUCAGGAGACCUUGCUACUGUGUGUGACGCCUGUAAGAUCCUUGUGGUCCUCGUAGGAGCGGUAACUAGGCAGCAAUCAGUUUCUCUGUCGAUAAAGUCUCCAGUUUCAUCUGGCUUUAAUGCAGCCUCGUCCCCCGCCGCCAUGCACGCCCUGGGGGGCAGAGAACCCAUGUGCCUUCACCCGGAGGGAGAGCUUGUCAUCCUCUCUGCUCCAUUUGUCCACUGCUUGCUUAUCUGUGGAAAGACGCUUCACAGGAAUAAAGAGUUGGCAAAAUAAAAACCACCUUCCUGAA